ACGUGACUUUUUGAACAAAUAGAAAGUCAACAAAUAUUUAUUUGAAAAAGGGUUUUUUAAAAGAAUUCUCUUCUCAAAAUUUAGUAAUAAAAAUAUCAAAUUUUUUGUGCAGCAUUCGUCAAAUCGAUUGUGUAAUUUGAUAAGACCGUCAAAUCAGCUCUACUUGUGGCAGUUUAAUUUAUUUCGAUAAACUUUGUAUUUGUUAAGCCGUUUUGUUCCAAGUGUGCAAGAGGUCAGUCGUUCGCCUGUAUAAAUUUUGAUUUAAUUUUUACUGUACUGGGACCGCAAGAAAAUCGAAGAUCGACAUAAGCAAUGUCUAAAUCAAAUCCCUUCGACUAUUUGCAACAAGAACUCGUUAUCAAUGGAACAUCGUACAAAUAUUACAAAAUAUCAGCGAUUGGCGAUAAAUUUGAUGAACUUCCGUUCUCGAUUCGCGUUCUCUUGGAAUCGGCUGUGAGAAAUUGCGACAAUUUUCAAGUGUUGGAAAAGGAUGUGAAAAAUAUUCUGAAUUGGAAGGAUGCAAAAGGCAUAUCCAAUGACAAUGAUGUCGAAGUAUCGUUUAAACCAGCUCGUGUCAUUUUACAAGAUUUUACGGGAGUUCCGGCGGUCGUCGAUUUUGCCAGCAUGAGAGAUGCAGUUUUGAAGCUGGGCGGUGAUCCGAAUAAAAUUAACCCCAUUUGUCCGUCCGAUCUGGUUAUCGAUCAUUCUGUUCAAGUUGACUUUGCCGGAACCUCCGAUGCAUUGGUGAAAAACCAAGACCUCGAAUUCGAGAGAAACAAGGAACGCUUCACUUUUCUCAAAUGGGGCGCAAAAGCAUUCAACAAUAUGUUGAUUGUGCCACCCGGUUCCGGUAUCGUUCACCAGGUGAAUUUGGAGUAUUUGGCACGUGUCGUCUUUGACAAAUCGCCGACUGGCGAAAAUAUUCUGUUUCCGGAUACGGUUGUCGGCACAGACAGUCACACGACAAUGAUCAAUGGACUGGGUGUGGUUGGUUGGGGUGUUGGUGGAAUCGAAGCGGAGGCUGUUAUGCUUGGUCAAUCGAUUGCUAUGUUGUUGCCGGAAGUUAUCGGCUACAAAUUGAUUGGCAAACUAAAUCUGCUAGCUACAUCAACCGAUUUAGUACUGACGAUAACAAAAAAUUUGAGACAAUUAGGUGUUGUCGGCAAGUUUGUGGAAUUCUUUGGACCUGGUGUCUCAGAAUUGUCAAUUGCCGAUCGGGCUACCAUCAGUAAUAUGUGUCCGGAAUAUGGUGCAACCAUUGGUUACUUUCCAGUUGAUUCCAAUUCGUUGGAUUACUUACGGCAAACAAAUCGUUCGGAGGAUAAAAUCCGAAUUAUCGAACAAUAUCUUCGUGCAACGAAACAGCUGAGAAACUAUGCCGACGCAUCACAAGAUCCGCAUUACACUCAGGUUGUAACCUUGGAUCUAUCAACUGUAGUCACAUCGGUGUCUGGACCGAAGAGGCCACAUGAUCGUGUUUCAGUCAGUGAUAUGCAAAAUGAUUUCCGUUUAUGUUUAACCAAUAAGAUUGGUUUCAAAGGUUUUGGCAUUUCCAACGAGCAGCUAAGCGCUUCUGGUUCGUUCACAUGGUCUGACGGCAACACGUAUACCAUUAAACACGGGUCGGUUGUAAUAUCGGCAAUAACGUCUUGCACCAAUACCAGUAAUCCGAUGGUGAUGUUAGGUGCUGGUUUGUUAGCGCAACGUGCGGUCGAGAGAGGGCUGAAGGUAUUGCCCUAUGUGAAAACGUCAUUGUCACCUGGCAGCGGUGUGGUCACUUAUUAUCUGUCGGCUUCAGGCGUUAUUCCUGCUCUUGAAACACUAGGUUUCAAUGUGGUUGGAUAUGGUUGCAUGAGCUGUAUCGGAAACUCUGGACCACUGGACGAUAAUAUCGUCAACACAAUCGAAAAGAACAAUUUGGUUUGUUGUGGUGUUUUGUCAGGCAAUAGAAAUUUCGAGGGACGUAUUCAUCCGAAUACUCGCGCCAACUACUUGGCCAGUCCGUUGCUUUGCAUCGCCUACGCUAUUGCAGGAACUGUUGACAUUGAUUUUGAGAAGGAGCCACUUGGAGUUGAUUCAAAUGGAGUGAAUGUCUUCUUGCGAGACAUUUGGCCUACGUGGGAGGAGAUUCACUUGGUUGAGCGAAAGUACGUGAUACCAGCCAUGUUCCAAGAAGUUUACGAAAAGAUAGAAGAAGGUUCAUCAGCUUGGCAAUCGCUCCAAGCUCCAUCCGGUCAGCUGUAUCCGUGGGAUGAAAGUUCAACUUAUAUCAAACAUCCGCCAUUUUUCGAUGGAAUGACACGCGAGCUGCCAGUUGCGAAACCCAUUGUCGAUGCACGAGUGUUGCUGUUUUUAGGAGAUUCAGUUACCACUGAUCACAUAUCUCCAGCUGGAUCAAUCGCUCGGAACAGUCCUGCAGCGAAAUAUUUAGCAUCUAGAGGUCUAACACCACGUGAAUUCAAUUCUUAUGGAUCUCGUCGUGGAAACGAUGCGGUUAUGGCUCGCGGAACAUUUGCCAACAUUCGAAUUGUUAAUAAACUGGUUGAAACGACUGGUCCCAAAACUCUACACAUACCAAGUGGAGAAGAAAUGUUUGUGUACGACUGUGCCGAGCGAUAUGCGACCGAAGGCAUUUCAUCGAUUGCAAUUGUUGGAAAAGAGUACGGUUCUGGUUCGAGCCGCGAUUGGGCCGCAAAAGGUCCGUAUUUGUUAGGCAUUCGUGCCGUAAUAGCUGAGUCAUACGAGAGAAUACAUCGCUCGAAUUUGGUUGGCAUGGGUAUUGCUCCACUACAGUUUUUGCCCGGACAAAAUGCUGAAAGUCUCGGCUUGACCGGAAAGGAAACGUACACAAUAUCCAUCCCCGAAAAAUGCGACCCAGGCCAACAAAUCGAAGUGGUUGUAUCGACGGGACUUAAAUUCAAUGUCAUCGUACGGUUCGAUACAGAGGUGGAUCUAACGUACUACAGACACGGUGGAAUUUUGAACUAUAUGAUACGCAAAAUGUUGGACUAAUUUUGAUGGGACAUUUGGGGAAUCGGGUUACGUUUUUCUUUGGUUUUCAAAUUCAAAUUUUAUUCUUGGUUCUAUGAAAGUUGCAUUUCUUUUUCCUAUGCAGAACAUUCGCCGCAAUGUGUCGUUGAUUUUGCGUUUCAAUAAUUUCGUAUUUUCAUUUCUAUUUUUGCACCAAUAAAAUACAAUUUUAUUACA